AUGAAGUCUCUUGAAGAGACACUUGUGGUUGUUUUUGGUCUUUCCUGGGGGUUUAUGGGCUUUGUGCUACUAGGAAGUAUUUUAAUCCUCACGGUGCUACGAUCCAUUUACAACGCAUUUUUCCAUCCACUGGCUCGUUACCCUGGCCCACUUAUCUGGACCUCAACUUUCAUUCCUUACAAAAUUGCUCUUUUGAAGGGAACAACCCAUCUCUGGCAUGCCGAGUUUCAUCGCCACUAUGGACCAGUAGUCCGAGUGUCACCAGACCAGCUCUCGUACAUCAGCGCCCAGGCGUGGAAUGAUAUAUACGGACGCAGGAAUCCUCAGCUGAAGAAGCACGCUGAUAUUACUGCGAGCCCAGCAGGGGGUGUGAAUGGGAUGGCCAACACCCCCAGUGAUACGGACCAUGCCCAGAUGAGGCGCGAGCUGGUUUCAGGCUUCAGCGAGAGAAGCGUCAGGAUGCAAGAGGGCCUUUUAACACGACAUAUCAGCCAGCUGGUGGUAAAGAUCAGGGAACGGGCCCUUGAUAUUCAGAAAGAAGGACCAGGAACUAAAGAGGCCAAUAUGGCACUCCUGUUGAACGCUACAACCUACGAUAUCAUAACUGAUCUGACUUUUGGCGAGAGCGCCAACACGCUUGAGCAGGAGACCGACUGGAUCAGUUUCGUCAUGCCAAUGGUAAAAGCACGCAUUGCUUCCCACGUUGCCACUAAAUAUGUCUCUUUCUUCAUUACCACAAUCAGUUCGCUUUUCCCGGUGUUAUUCCCGAGUGCUGCAGUGAAAUUCCACCAGAGCAACAUCGCUGCCUUGGAUCGCCGUCUUGGUUCGAGUGCUGAUGACAAGCGACCUGAUCUCCUCACUCCCGUAGUGCCUCAUUUAGACGAACCCGAAGGCUUCUCAAUGGGGCAGCUUCGCUCAACAGUUGGAUCACUCAUGAUUGCUGGGUCCGAAACUACUGCCAGUGUCCUGACGUCCGCUCAUUACUUUGUUCUUUCCCACCCACAGGUAUACGCUCAGUUGAAAAAAGAGGUGAGAGCGAGCUUCGAGAGAGAAGAGGACAUCAACAGCAUAGCGGUCAACAACUGCAAGUACAUGGUUGCCGUACUGCAAGAAACAAUGCGGAUCUGGCCAGCAAUCCCAUCAAGCCUUCCACGCACAAGCCACGGCUGCUUCAUCGAUGGAAACUGGGUUCCUAAUGGGGCCAAAGUCGGAGUGCACCAGUGGUCAGCGUAUCGGUCAGAGGUGAAUUUCACCCGUCCAGAAGAGUUCCUGCCUGAAAGAUGGCUGGAAGGAGAGAGUCAGCAGUUCAAGGAUGACAACAAAGCCGCGUUUCAGCCGUUUGCUGUGGGCCCGCGGAACUGUCUUGGGAUGAGCUUUGCCAAGGUUGAGCUCCGUCUGAUAUUUGCGCGUUUGGUGUGGAAUUUCGAUAUGGAGCUUCUCACUAGCCGCGAGGAGUGGGAAGCGCAACGCACCUACAUGGUCUGGGAUCGGUGCCCGCUGAGAGUCAAGGUUAGACUGGCACAGGAGCAAGGAGAGAAAGCAUUUGAGACGGUUAAAGACAUGCUUUGA